AUGGAGGAAGGUGCCCAGGCCCCAGACUGGGACAGUGAUGAAACGGUGAUCGAGGCAUCGGUGACGGAGAGCGACCAGGAAGAAGAGGAGUUGCCCUGGAGAAGGUUGAUCUUUAAGCAAGACACAUCUCUUAGAUCUGAGUUCAGUCUCCAUCCUGGUAUAAGUAGAACAUGCAAAGGCACUCCAGAGAUUCAACUUGGAUUCAAACUCAGAGAGGAUCCACAAGAGCAACUGAAUAAAAAUCAGAUGAUGCCUAUUCUUAGUGAGGAUGCAGUCUUACAGCAACCUCAAGAUGAAAUGGAACAAAAUGAAGCUCCGUUACAGAUUAGAAAAAGUUGUCCAGUGUUCACUGUGUCAUUUCCCCAGGCUGAACUUUCACUGAACCACCAGAGUAUUCAAGGACCUGAGGCUGAAGAUCCUAAAGUGUUAACACACCCAGAAAAGGAACUAAGUAGAGACAGAGACUCUCCUGAAAUAAGCCUUCUCUCAAGUACUACUAUUAAAGAAUUUGGUACAUUUGCUGUAAAGGAGAACUUGUUAAUAGAGCCAGAAAAGGAGCCUAGCAAGGACGUCACAUUGACCAUGACUUCUGAAGAAACCAAAGAUGAAGAAAGCUCUCUUGAAACUUUUGUGUCUGCCUUAGAAAAGUUACUGACAUCACCAGAAAUCACCCAGGAGGAAAGACCGAUUAGAAUAAUGAGUGAUUUUCAGUGUAGAGAGUUGAUGAACCCAUUGAGCAAUUCUUCGAGUUCCAUAUCAAUACCUUUGACAUGUCACAAAGAUUUACUUGAAAACUCAAAGGAUGAUGCAUUGCCAGCUGAGUCAUUAGCAGCCUUAAACACGUUGUCAGAAGCCAAGGUGGAGCCCAUCUGUCACAGAAAAGAGGGAGAUACCAGUCUCAGUGCUGGAAAUGAAUGUUUAGGAGUGGAGCCCAGUAUGUCUCAGACUGAUGAAGAUUGUACACAAAUAGCAGAGAGUCUAGAAGACCCAAAUCCAUUUGGAUUGCAAACUUUGGUUCAUCAAAAUGUCACCUCUUGUGAUCCACUAAAUAAUAAGGGAAAUUCAAAUCUGGUGGAAAAUAGCUCUGACCAGGACACUCCAUGUGUGUUAAGGAGAUCGUCCAGACUGAAAGUAGGCAGAGAUGCAAAGCCCACACAUCACAUAUAUAAGAUGCCAGAAAAGAUUUUACCCAAAAUACUUGGCUGUGAGGAUCAAACAAAUAAUAACUCUUCAACUGAGAAUUUCAGAAUGCAGAAUCCUGCUUUAAAGAUUGAAGGUAAAGGGAAGACUGUGCAUUCAUCCAGACUCAAGAGUGGAGAACAGAUCAGGAAAAACAGAAAACUUGAAGGGAAAAAUGAAAAAAUGAAGAUGAAUAAAGUAUCUCGUUGUAACAUUAACCGUAGAAACAUCUUUGGAGAGAACUUACUGUAUAAAGCUGCUCUGAACAACGACGCUAAUCUUGUUCAUCAUUAUAUGAAGAAAGGUGGAAAUGUUAAUCAACCAAGUUAUGCUGGUUGGACAGCACUUCAUGAAGCUAGUGUAGGAGGAUUUUAUCAGACAGCAAGUGAACUAUUAAAGGGUGGAGCAGAUGUAAAUAUCAGAGGAAUGUACCAGAUCACUCCCCUACAUGAUGCUGUGAUGAAUGGACAUUAUAAGGUGGCACAGUUACUUCUUUUGAAUGGAGCAGAUCCUUUAUUUAGAAAUGACAGUGGAAAGUGUGCUUUGGAUGAAGCCAAAGACUCAUGUAUGAAGCGUCUCCUUGAGAGAUAUGUUCCUAAACAUCAAAAACAUCUUAUAUCAGCGCAGACAAAUAGCACUGACCCUUCAGACUUAGAGGAUGAACACCACCACAAGAAACCAAAAUUCAGUUCUAAAAAUCACAGUGGGUUUGUUUGUGAUGAAAAUUCCAAGAGACAGAAGCCAGAACAUGUAAAAGUCAAUAAAGGAAGCAAAGAGGGUUUAUUUAUAAAUAAAGAAGAUGUAUAUGAACAUUACCAAAAAGAUUCCCCAAACACGAAAUUUGGUAAAUCCAAGCAUAAACGAUCAACUCUUAACCAAAUAUACUCGACAGGACUCAGAAAGGACAAUCUCCAUGCUGUUGAGGAUCCCAGCACAAAUGUGUCUGAAGAUAAAGGAAGAAGAAAUACACGACAUAAAAGAACUCAAGUGGAUGAUGCAAUCCAAGAAAGCAAUCCAAGAAAGACAAUAGCUGUCUCUUCUUCCAGAAAAAUAAACAGAUUGGUUACUUGUCAACAACAUACUCUCCAAACCCUUGAUGACCUUCCAGAAAAGUCAUGUAAACCUUUUAGCCCAUCUCUGUCAGGCCUGAAAAAUGGUUUAAGUAACGAUGUUGAGACUUGUUCAUUUCCCAAAGAGACACAUACCCAAAGCCUGGAUUUAUCAGAUAGACAAGAAAUAAAAUUUUUGGAAUUAGAAUCCACUGGCGAAGCUGAAGCCGUUUCUUUCUCAGGACUUUCUUUACAUAAAAAAACCGAGUUACCACUUGUUACUACAGAUCAGCAGCCUCAUACUCACCAAGAACAGCAGCACAUUAGCCCUUAUAAAUCUCAUGAAAACAGUAACUCAGGUCAAAAAGAUGAGAGCCCUAAUAAGUGGGAAAACUUUUCCCCAUCCUUUAUAAAGGAAAAUUUUAAUAAUCGUGAUGAUGGUGAUUCCUGUGCUCCUGAGGAGACUGUAACAUUUAAAAAGGUGAUAAGUUCUUCAGGUUGCAAAAACCACGAUAAUUAUAAAGAGAAUAAAACAAAUAGAGAAGAAAUGGAUUUUCAACAACUUUUACCUUCUCAAGACCAUUUUUCACAGGAAAAUGAGUUAAUAAAAGCAGGCAGCCUAACCAUAUUUCCACAACAGGAAGCUGUUAAUUUUUCUAAUUCAGAUAAUAUAAUAGUUUCUGAACAUGUUUCAAAUUAUGAACAAUGUACAUGUGGAACUUCUUUUGAUCACUCACAUGGCAGUCCUGAACAUACUUCCCUUGCUUGUACAAGAACACUCUCAACACAUGAAGUUUCAAAGUUAACUAGUCAUGUGGAACUAUUCGAGAGGCCUCAGGAUUGUAGCCCCAGAAUACCAACUCCUUUAAUGAAUCAAAUGGAUACACAUAUUGUGGAAAAGGUGAAUAAGGAAGGAGACACUAAAAGUAAUUACACUGACAAAGGCCAAAAACCAAGUUCUUCAAAUAGACCUUUAUCCAGAGUUGUUCAUUCUCAAGUAAUGGAAACAACUAAAGUUGAAAAAAGGAGACAAGAGAUCAAAACUAUACAUAGUAUAGGCUUUCAGUCCACUGACAAUAUCAAUAAAGAAUUGACCAUCUCACAGCUUAGUCAAAGAGAAGAGAAGGAAAUUUCUCACAAACCAGAAAUGAAAACAGCUGGGAUCAAUAAGAGGAAUGCCAGAGGAGAAAGCCGGCUUCAUUUGGCUGCCAGAAGAGGAAACUUGUCUCUGGUGAAAGCUCUGAUAGAAUCUGGAGCAGAUGUGAAUCUAAAAGAUAACGCAGGUUGGACACCACUUCAUGAGGCAGCUAGUACGGGAUGCAAUGAUAUAAUUGUAGAGUUGUUAAAAGCUAGUGCUAAUGUUAAUUGUGAAAAUGUAGAUGGAAUUCUGCCCUUACAUGGUGCUGUUGCAAACAACCAUUUAAAGGCAGCUGAGAUUCUACUACAACAUGGAGCAAACCCUAAUCAAAAGGAUCAAAAGCAGAAGACUGCUUUGGAUGAAGCAGAUGAUAAAAACAUGAAAGAGCUGCUAAAAUCUUAUGGUGCUAUUGAGACUGACAAUAGAGAUGAGAGUAAUGCUGUAGUCACUGUAAAAAUUCCUGCUAUCCAGGCAAAAAGACAUAAACAGUGUUUUUGUGAUGACUGCAAAACCGUUGAUACACAUUCUAUUUCACACCAAGAAAAAACAAAAGAAAACCUCGCCAUGCGUCAGACCAUCAGUGCCAUUCUACAAGAUUUAGAAGAAAAACAAGAAAAUUUGUUAGCAUUUGAAAUAAGAACCCCUGAAGAUGCAGAACAAUACACUGAUAAGAUGUUAGAGAUAAAGGAGGUUAUGGACAACGUGCUUGCCAAACAGAAGGCAGAAAGGGAUGAUUUAGCUAAAAAAUACAGGGUGUCCAUAGAGUCAUUUAAGCAUGGAGUCCUGAGAGAACAACUAGCUAACUUGGCCACAAGGCAGAAGAGCCUUUUACUUGUAGCAAAAAAACAGAAAAAAAUAAGCCAGAAAAUUCAGAACUAUAAGAAUGUUACAUCUUUGUCUGGUCUUAGUUUCAAGAAGCUGCCAUUGAGCUCAGAAAUCUCUAAUGAAAAGGACAGCCAAGAGUUUACUAGUCUGGAAAAUUCAGUACAGCCCCAGUCAUGUUCAGUUUCUCCUGUCAGCCUUGUUUGUGGAAGCAUGCAGGAAACACAGUUGUCUUGGGAAAUCUGGCAUGACAACCAAAAUACCAACACUUGUCUAAAUUCAAAGACAGUGAGAAGGGAAGAAUUUUCUGGAAAUGAACUGAAUUCUAAACAAAGUGUCAGUGACUGUACCUUAGAUAGAUUAUCAAAAUCCAGACUUUCAGAUGGCACUAAGAAGAUUAAAUUACAAUCGCAACCUAUUUCUUUUAUUGCUCAAGCAGAAUAUUCACAAAAAGAAAAUGAUCUUACAGAUACUACAGCCAAAGGGCAUGAGUCCUUUAGUCCUUCAGCAGUAACUGGCACAUUAAAGAUUUCAGAAACUGCAAGUGUAUUUGCCCACAAUGAUGCCAAUCCAUCAACUGUUAUUUGUGAUCAGGCUCUUUCCAAUUGUGAUCCAAAAAAAGGAAACAGGAAAACAGCUUCCCAGCAACCACAUAUGGGGACAUCAGAAUCCCUGGUACAUCAAGGGAUUGAUGUCUUUGGCAGUAAUACGGGGCAUCAGGUGAAACCUUAUCUUAGAAAAUCAGCUCUUGCUGUUCCACAUGCAAAUGAUAGUCAGAGCUCCUCCUCCUCUGGGUCUGGCCGUCAACAUACUAUAAAAAAUCCUUCAAAAUACAGCACAACUCCUAAAAACAAAUGUAUGCAGAUAAAGGAUCUGAUAUUGCUAGGAAGAAUUAAUCCGGGAAAUAAUAUUCUGGAAUUCAAAACACAGGAGACUACCCAUAAAGCCAGUGUUUUAUUGAAUGGCAAAAUUAAGGUAGAAAAUGGUCAGAUUUAUCAAAACCCAGUCAUCUGGCUCAAGGAUCUUCUAGGAGCUGACAGUUACGUGACCUGGAAUUAUGCUUGGAGUAAGGUAACAUACCGGGGGAAGGAACUUUUAAAGUAUAUUUCUGAGGAAUUACCCUUGCCUCCAGACCCAAACUUGGUACCUCAGCAACAUCAGCCUUGUCUUCCAGACAUGCCUUGUUUAGAUGACCUAGUACAGGAACCAAGCAAAUAACUGUUGGAAAAAAUGAAAUUUGGACAAGGAACUUCCAAAGGGUCAAUGAAAAGCAUCCCACAUUAUCUUCAAAUAAAUGAAAUACUGUUAAUCAGCGAUCAAGAAUUUCUCCCAUGCCAUAUAAUGGAUGAGCAUUGGAAGUUCUAUGUGGAAUGUGAGGAGCUAACAUUCUAA